CGAACCCUCGAGACCCUCUCGGCACUCGCAUUUAGGGGUUUUUUAGGCCAGCGGCUCUCGUGCGUGCCCGAUCCGAGCUCUUGGCAAUGGCGAUCACCUCCCAGAGCCCCGACAUCCUUGGCGAACGCCAGUCCGGACAGGACGUUCGCACCCAAAAUGUGGUGGCGUGCCAAGCGGUCGCCAAUAUCGUCAAAUCAUCCCUUGGACCGGUCGGCCUUGACAAGAUGUUGGUUGAUGAUAUUGGGGAUGUGACAAUUACAAAUGAUGGAGCAACAAUUCUCAAGAUGUUAGAAGUUGAGCAUCCAGCUGCCAAGGUUCUCGUGGAGUUAGCCGAGCUUCAAGACAAGGAAGUUGGAGAUGGGACCACCUCUGUGGUUAUCAUAUCAGCAGAAUUACUUAAGAGAGCCAAUGAUCUUGUGAGAAACAAGAUACACCCAACAUCUAUAAUUAGUGGAUACAGGCUUGCGAUGAGGGAAGCCUGCAAAUAUGUUGAUGAAAAGUUGGCUGUAAAGGUUGAAAAGCUUGGAAAAGAUUCCCUUAUUAACUGUGCCAAAACCAGCAUGUCUUCAAAACUGAUUGCCAGUGACAGUGAUUUCUUUUCCAAUUUGGUUGUAGAUGCUGUCCAAGCAGUGAAGACAACUAAUGCUCGAGGGGAAGUUAAAUAUCCAAUCAAGGGCAUAAACAUUCUUAAAGCUCAUGGUAAAAGUGCAAGAGAUAGCUUUUUGCUGAAUGGCUAUGCUUUGAACACUGGCCGUGCUGCGCAAGGGAUGCCUACUCGUGUGGCGCCCGCAAAAAUUGCCUGUCUUGAUUUUAAUCUUCAGAAGACAAAGAUGCAAAUGGGUGUCCAAGUGCUAGUUUCUGAUCCAAGAGAACUGGAAAAGAUAAGGCAAAGAGAAUCUGACAUAACAAAGGAGCGAAUUGAGAAACUUUUGAAGGCUGGAGCUAAUGUCGUCCUGACAACGAAAGGGAUUGAUGAUAUGUCACUUAAGUACUUUGUGGAGGCUGGAGCUAUUGCUGUCCGAAGGGUGCGAAAAGAGGAUUUACGUCAUGUUGCCAAGGCUACCGGUGCAACUGUGGUUUCCACUUUUGCUGAUAUGGAAGGAGAAGAGACUUUUGAUUCAUCAUUUCUAGGGUUUGCAGAUGAAGUUGUGGAGGAACGGAUUUCUGAUGAUGAUGUGAUUAUGGUGAAGGGUACCAAAAAUACAAGUGCAGUUUCACUGAUACUUAGGGGUGCUAAUGAUUUUAUGCUUGAUGAGAUGGAAAGGUCUUUGCACGAUGCUUUGUGCAUAGUGAAGCGAACCCUUGAAUCCAACACGGUUGUUGCUGGUGGGGGUGCAGUUGAGGCGGCAUUGUCAGUAUACUUGGAAAAUCUGGCCACAACUUUGGGUUCUAGAGAACAGUUGGCAAUUGCUGAAUUUGCUGAAUCUCUUUUGAUAAUUCCUAAGGUUCUUGCUGUCAAUGCUGCCAAGGACGCAACUGAGCUAGUUGCAAAACUGAGGGCUUAUCACCACACUGCCCAAACAAAGGCAGACAAGCAGCAUUUUUCGAGUAUGGGACUGGACCUAUCGAAAGGAACCAUCCGCAAUAACCUAGACGCUGGGGUCAUUGAGCCUUCUAUGAGCAAAGUGAAAAUUAUCCAGUUUGCAACGGAGGCAGCUAUUACAAUACUAAGGAUUGAUGAUAUGAUCAAACUUGUCAAAGAUGAUCAAGACAAUGCCGAGGAUUAAAGCUUGGUGUCAAUAUUUUGUGCGGCGGGAGUUAUGUUUCUUCUGUAAUUCGUUCUGUAGCGGUUACUUAUCUUGAUGUUGGUAGUGGUACAAACAGGGAUCACUGAGGAGUUGUAACUACAGCCUGUGAUAACAUUUACCAUGCAAUUUUUUGGAAUACCAUGCUGUGUUUUAUUAUUUUCUAACUGGUCUAGUCAAACUGGUAAUUCAUCUGAGUAAUGCAUUCGUGGAGACCUAGGUUUUUUUUUUA